UCGCGCGACAGGAACUUUCUCUUCGUGGGAGUCAUGACCGCUCAGAAAUACCUGCAGACCCGCGCGGUGGCCGCCUACAGAACGUGGGCCAAGACGAUCCCUGGGAAGGUGGAAUUCUUCUCCAGCGAGGGCUCAGACACGUCCAUCCCGAUCCCGGUCGUGCCCCUGCGGGGCGUGGACGACUCCUACCCGCCCCAGAAGAAGUCCUUCAUGAUGCUCAAGUACAUGCACGACCACUACCUGGACAAGUACGAGUGGUUCAUGAGGGCGGACGACGACGUUUACAUCAAGGGCGACCGCCUGGAGAGCUUCCUGCGGAGCCUCAACAGCAGCGAGCCCCUGUUCCUGGGGCAGACGGGGCUGGGCACCACGGAGGAGAUGGGCAAGCUGGCCCUGGAGCCCGGCGAGAACUUCUGCAUGGGCGGGCCGGGCGUGAUCCUGAGCCGCGAGGUGCUGCGGAGGAUGGUGCCGCACAUCGGCAAGUGUCUGCGGGAGAUGUACACCACCCACGAGGACGUGGAGGUGGGGCGCUGUGUCCGGAGGUUCGCGGGCGUGCAGUGUGUCUGGUCCUACGAGAUGCAGCAGCUGUUUUAUGAGAAUUACGAGCAGAAAAAGGGAUACAUCCGAGAUCUCCACAACAGUAAAAUCCACCGCGCCAUCACCUUGCACCCCAACAAGAACCCGCCCUACCAGUACCGACUGCACAGCUACAUGCUGAGCCGCAAAAUCGCCGAGCUGCGCCACCGCACCAUCCAGCUGCACCGGGAGCUCGUCCUGAUGGGCAGGUACACCAACAGCGAGAUCCAGAAGGAGGACCUGCAGCUGGGCAUCGCGCCGUCUUUCAUGAGGUUCCAGGCCCGCCAGCGCGAGGAGGUCCUGGAGUGGGAGUUCCUGACCGGGAAGUACCUGUACUCGGCGGCCGACGGCCAGCCGCCCCGGCGGAGCAUGGACUCGGCGCAGAGGGAGGCCCUGGACGACAUCGUCAUGCAGGUCAUGGAGAUGAUCAACGCCAACGCCAAGACCAGAGGGCGCGUCAUCGACUUCAAGGAGAUCCAGUACGGCUACCGCCGCGUGAACCCCAUGUUCGGGGCCGAGUACAUCCUGGACCUGCUGCUCCUGUACAAGAAGCACAAGGGGAAGAAGAUGACGGUGCCCGUGAGGAGGCACGCCUACCUGCAGCAGACCUUCAGCAAGAUCCAGUUCCUGGAGCACGAGGAGCUGGACGCCAAGGAGCUGGCCAACAAGAUCAACCGGGAAUCCGGAUCCCUGUCCUUCCUCUCCAACUCCCUGAAGAAGCUGGUGCCCUUUCAGCUCCCUGGGUCCAAGAGUGAGCACAAAGAACCCAAAGAGAAGAAGAUCAACAUCCUGAUCCCCCUGUCCGGGCGUUUCGACAUGUUCGUGAGGUUCAUGGGGCACUUCGAGAAGACCUGCCUCAUCCCGAAUCAGAACGUCCGAUUGGUCGUCCUGCUCUUCAAUUCCGACUCCAAUCCCGACAAGGCCAGGCAGGUGGAGCUGAUGAGGGAUUACCGCGUCAAAUACCCGAAAGCCGACAUGCAGAUCCUGCCCGUGUCCGGGGAGUUUUCCAGAGCGCUCGCCCUCGAAGUGGGAUCUUCCCAGUUCAGUAACGAAUCCCUGCUCUUCUUCUGCGACGUCGACCUCGUGUUUACUCCGGAAUUCCUACAGCGAUGUCGAGCCAAUACGGUCCUGGGCCAACAAAUCUAUUUCCCAAUCAUCUUCAGCCAGUACGAUCCAAAGAUUGUGUACAGCGGGAAAGUUCCCAGCGACAACCAUUUUGCCUUUACUCAGAAAACCGGCUUCUGGAGGAACUAUGGGUUUGGCAUCACUUGUAUCUACAAGGGUGACCUCGUCCGAGUGGGUGGCUUCGACGUUUCCAUCCAAGGCUGGGGAUUGGAGGACGUGGACCUGUUCAACAAGGUUGUCCAGGCGGGUUUGAAGCCUUUCCGGAGCCAAGAGGUGGGCGUGGUCCACGUCCACCACCCUGUCUUCUGCGAUCCCAAUCUCGACCCCAAACAGUACAAGAUGUGCUUGGGGUCCAAAGCGUCGACGUAUGGAUCCACCCAGCAGCUGGCCGAAAUGUGGCUAGAGAAGAACGAUCCGGCUUACCGUAAAAGCAGCAAUAACGGCUCAGUGAGGACGGCCUAAUGUCCAGCUCUGCUGGGCAAAGAUGUUUUUAAUGAUCUAAUUUAUUUUUCAAGAAUUUUUUGUAUGCUCUGUUUUUUCAAGUCCCUACGAGGAUCUAUUUUACAAGUGGUUUUCUUACUUAGGACUCCUUUAAGACUGCGGUUUUUGGAACAUCAACCACCACAACAAAAAAUGUGAUGAUCAGUGUUUGCCUUUGAACAUACCUUGCUGGACAACAAUGUAGCAGAAUUGCUUCAUUUUGACUUGAAAUGUACCUGAUGAAUAUACUUUCUUUCUUUCUUUCUUUUUUUGUUUUGUUUUUAUGACCUUUCCUUUUCAGACUCCUUUUGCUACAGCCCUAGGCAGAAAUCGAAGUUCCCCCCCUCCCGCAAAGCAUUAUUGUAACAAAACACUGUAACUCUGGUAAACCUUCUGUUGUGACUGUUAUACUUGCACACAGUCUACCUUUUGUCUUUUAUACAAGUUCGUUUUGUUUUGUAUUUUUUUUCUUUUGUUUUAAGGAAAGCCAUUUUGUGUUCCAGU